GGGGCUAGUGCGUGAUGGGAAGGGGCGGGAUUCUGCCAGCAGCGGCUGCCGCUGGAGCCGGUGUCCGGGCUGGUGAUGGGGUUAAUUGCCUAUCGUAAGACUCUUCCUUGCACCCACCCAGCCCGCCGUCGCCCCGCCGCGCCGCAGUCCAACCGCCUUCUCCUUCUUCUCAGUAACGCGGGCCACUGAAAGGGAUGAUAUAUUUGAUCCCAAACAGUCCAUUUUAGUCCAGAAAUCUACAGAGGUGACAAGGACAUGGGACUCCUCCUGCCAAAUUGCAGAUGGUUCAAUACAAUUGACAUCCUGGUUGACAACUGUGGAAAGGAACCUUGGAUUAUUUUAUUUUAUUUUUGUGGGACACCACAUCCCCAAAUCCAUAAAACACAUCAGGCUUUACGUUCCCUGUAGAAUUCUAUAAUAACCUUUACUAAUGAGGAUGUCUGAUACUGUUACUAUAAAAGAUGAUUCUGAAACAAUGAAGGAUUUGGAGACAGAAGUAAGAGAUAAAACCAAAGUUGAAAAUCUUAUAAAAUCAGAAAACUACAGGAAGAUUUUGUCAGAGAAGAAUGAGCGUUGUAACAACAAUAUUGAUUUGCAGCGGCCAUUGCAGUCAUUUGGACAGACAGGAAAAAGGUCUAAGUCAAGCUCAAAGUUAAAGCUAGUUCGGAGCCUUGCAGUAUGUGAAGAGUCUCCACCACUCCCUGCAGCAGACAUAUCACAGGAGAACCAGGAGAAAAUUCAGAUCCAGUUAACACAAUCAUUUGAAAAAGAGAAGCCCUCAAAAGAUGAAACAGAAAAAGAAAAAGCCAGUGAUAAAUUGCCCAGAAAAAUGUUAUCAAGAGAUUCCAGUCAAGAAUACACUGAUUCAACUGGCAUAGAUCUACAUGAAUUUUUAGUAAACACAUUAAAAAACAAUCCCAGGGACAGAAUGAUGCUGCUAAAAUUGGAACAAGAAAUUUUAGAUUUCAUUGGUAAUAAUGAGUCUCCACGUAAAAAAUUCCCCCCAAUGACAUCUUACCAUAGGAUGUUAUUGCACAGAGUAGCUGCUUACUUUGGAUUAGACCACAAUGUUGAUCAGAGUGGGAAGGCUGUCAUAGUAAACAAAACUAGCAAUACAAGAAUACCUGAUCAAAAAUUUAAUGAACAUAUUAAGGAUGAUAAAGGUGAAGACUUUCAGAAACGAUACAUCCUCAAGAGAGAUAACUCUAGCUUUGACAAAGAUGAUAACCAGAUGAGAAUACGUUUGAAAGAUGACCGAAGAAGCAAAUCUAUAGAAGAAAGAGAGGAAGAAUACCAGAGAGCUAGAGACCGAAUAUUUUCCCAAGAUUCCCUGUGUUCCCAAGAGAAUUAUAUUAUUGACAAAAGAAUCCAAGACGAGGAUGCUAGUAGUACUCAGCAGAGGCGCCAGAUAUUUAGAGGUAAUAAAGAUGCUUCUGGAAGAUCAACAAAUAGCCAUCAAAGCAGCACUGAGAAUGAGCUCAAGUACUCUGAGCCCCGGCCCUGGAGCAGCACAGAUUCUGACAGCUCUCUCCGAAACUUAAAGCCAGCUGUCACCAAAGCCAGCAGCUUCAGUGGAAUUUCAGUCCUAACAAGAGGUGAUAGUUCUGGAAGCAGCAAGAGCAUAGGCAGGCUUUCAAAAACAGGUUCUGAGUCUUCUGGUAGUGUAGGGUCAUCUACGGGCUCUCUUUCUCACAUCCAGCAGCCUCUUCCAGGUACAGCUCUCAGCCAGUCUUCUCAUGGCACACCUGUCGUCUAUCCAACUGUCAGCACUCAUAGUUCUCUUUCCUUUGACGGUGGCCUAAAUGGGCAAGUCGCAUCUCCUAGCACUAGCUUCUUUUUGCUUCCCUUGGAAGCGGCAGGCAUACCGCCUGGCAGUAUUCUGAUCAACCCACAAACAGGCCAGCCCUUCAUAAACCCAGAUGGGAGUCCAGUUGUGUAUAAUCCUCCUAUAACUCAGCAACCAAUCAGAACCCAAGUGCCUGGACCUCCACAGCCACCUCUGCCACCCCCACCACCUCCACAACAAGCAGCCAAUCAAAUGUUCUCACAGGACAACCUAGGCUCUCAGUUUAGCCACAUGAGUCUUGCCCGCCAGUCAUCUGCUGAUGGUUCUGACCCACAUGCCACCAUGUUCCAGUCCACUGUUGUUCUCCAGCCCCCACAGCAGUCUGGUUAUAUUGUGGCUGCAGCAGCUCCCCAGCAUCCUCCACCGCCACCACCACCUCCCCCCCUGCCCCCUGGGCCUGCAGUCCCUACGGCCAGCUUCUCAGCCUCUGGUCAUCCUGUCAGCCAGCCUGUUCUCCAGCACCAGGGGUGUCUUCAACAGUCCUCACCCCAGAUGCCAUCCUGUUACUGUGCUCCUGGCCACUACCACUCCAGUCAGCCUCAGUAUCGUCCAGUUCCUUCUGUCCACUACAAUUCACAUCUAAACCAACCACUGCCACAGCCUGCACAACAGACAGGUUAUCAAGUUAUGCCCAACCAGCAGCAAAACUACCAAGGAAUAGUUGGAGUUCAGCAACCCCAGAAUCAGAGCCUAGUCAGUAGCCAAGCCAACAACAUUGGAAAUCAGAUUCAAGGAGUGGUCAUCCCCUACCCUUCAGUGCCAUCCUAUCAGGUUUCACUGCCUCAAGGUUCUCAAGGAAUUGCUCAUCAGACUUACCAACAGCCUGUGAUGUUCCCUAAUCAGUCUAAUCAAGGAUCUGUGCCCACCACAGGAAUGCCAGUUUACUAUAGUGUCAUUCCACCUGGUCAACAAAAUAACUUAAGCUCUUCAGUAGGUUACUUACAACACCCAGGAUCAGAUCAAGUACAGUUUCCUCGAACGACGUCACCGUGCAAUUCCCAACAGCUUCAAAGCCACCAGUGCACAGCUGUGCCGCCUCCGCCACCUGGUGGAGGAAUGGUGAUGAUGCAGCUCAACAUACCAAACAAUCCACAAGCUCAUGCCCACUCACCUCCCCAGUGGAAACAAAGCAAAUACUACUGUGAUCACCAGAGGGGACUGAAGUGUGUGGAAUUUAGCAAUGUGGACAAUAUUGUCCAGCAUAGCCCUCAACUCAGUAGCCCCAUCAUUUCACCAGCUCAGUCACCAGCACCAGCUCAGCUGUCCACCUUGAAAGCUGUACGUCCCUCUGGACCACCACUUUCUGUAAUGUCCCAGUUUUCUAGAGCUUUUGUCCCUGGGCAAGGAGAUAGCAGAUAUCCGCUACUAGGCCAACCACUGCAAUACAACCCACCUGCUGUUCUGCACGGCCACAUCCCAAACCAGCAGGGUCAGCCUGGCAAUAGGCAUGGAAACCGAGGAAGGAAACAAGCUAAAAAAGCUGCAUCCACUGACCUAGGCGCUGGAGAAGCAGUUGUUGGCAAGGUAUUGGAAAUUACUGAACUACCAGAUGGAAUAACUCGCAUGGAAGCUGAGAAGCUUUUUGGAGAACUCUUUAAAAUUGGCGCCAAGAUCCGGUGGCUCCGGGACCCCCAGUCCCAGCACCCGUUUCGGCGUCACCCCCUCUGCUAUGGUAGCGGGGACAGCACUGUCAACUCUGAGUGCUCUAAACCCAGUGACUUGGCCUCCACAUACACCGUCUUAGCCACCUUCCCCUCCAUUUCAGCUGCGCAGAAUGCACUGAAGAAGCAGAUUAACUCAGUUAACAAGUUUAAGCUGAGAACAAGCAAGAAGAACUAUGACUUUCACAUUUUAGAAAGGGCCAGUUCUCAGUAACAGCCUCCUUUGGACCUUUCGCCUUUAUGAUUACCUUGUCUUCUCCCAUCUCUGAUUGGCUUGGUAUUUGGAGCUUCUGUUAACACUAUAGAGACUCCUAGGAUGUGUGGUCAUGAAGUUAUAGCGUUUGAAGAAAGGCCAGUGAUCCAGCAAAGGGGAAAGAAAGUUAUGCAUUUUGCCCCAAAUGAUUAUAGGACUCCACAAUGGGAUAACAGAAUUAGCCACUUUUUCUGAGGAAAUGCUGUUCAAAUGCUAUUCAAAUCCUAACUUUUAUAGUUAUUUUGUUUUAUAUUUCUGAAUUCUUGUAUCAGAUCCAAAGCUCUAUUUCUAUGGUACAGCAUAUUACCCUUCAAAGUGAUUAUAAACAGUUGCACAUGUAUUUUUAUUUCCAGCCAGCACAAUGUGACCCAACAUAGAAUGGGCAGAGGGGUGCAGGAGUGGAACUACCAAGUCAAAACCAUUUGUUGUCUUUUUUGAGGAGUUGGAGAGCUCACAAAUAGAAGAUUGCUCUUCCCCUGAAUCUGUAAACAUAGAAACAAUUCCCAAAAAAUACAGGAUUCCUGCAUAGGGUUCUAUCCUUAUUCACUUAGGUAGUAUGGACAUUCGGAUGAAGUAAAUAAUGUUCUUAACACCUUGUAAUCAAAUCACUUAGUUUCAAAGGGGAAUAGAAAUCAUUCUAAGCAGGAAAUUACUUAUACUGUUGUUUCCUAAGUAUCCCUCCAAUAACUAAACGCCACUUAACUUGCUUUCUCCUUGUGGAUCCUAUUUUGUCACCUAAGGAAAUGCAGCUAAUGAGUGCUGGAAAGUUCUUAAGUGGUUUAACAUUUGUUUUCAUUGUUUGCAGCGGAUCACUGGACAUCAAAGAUUCAUUGCACUUAUGAA